AUGCCCGCUGCCAACCCACUGCGACCCACGGCAUUCAAGCGUUUCCGCUCGCUCGUCACUGCGAUCCAUAGAUCCCUCUCCCUUGCCUUCUCGCCUUCGUCUGCGCACCUGCUGGCGUCCCAACCUACCCCCUUCCCCCUUCCCCCCCUUCAACCACAUCCGCUCUGCACUCUCGGCAGCUCGUCUCUUGGCACCUCGGCCAGGCGCACACCGUGUUCGCUCGGUGGCAGACCAGUCGCGCAUACAGUGCGGUCCACCGGCUUUCAAUACCUAUACGCCUUUGCGUAUCCCUCGCCACCUCUAGCGGCUCAAUCGACCAUCUUCCAUCUCAAAGCAUCUUUCUCGUCCGGACCGCAUCUCUAUACCAGCCCAUCUCCACGCAGCCUGCCAUGUUCGACGUCUGUUGACCUAGGCGAGCCACCGCGGCCCUCUGGCGCUUUCCGCUCUCGCUUUCGCCAUCUCCUUACCCAUCCUUGGCCGCGCCCGUCUCACCACUAUCCUUACACUUUGCGAUCGUCUGAACGCCAAUUCGGCCAAGCGGCAUGCUCGUGUCCUGCGAGUAAAGUCCAGCUUCCUUCGGACAACCUCAAACUCAUUCAUUCCGGCAUCAGUUCCAGUUAUACCACCCUCAUCAACACUGCCAUCAUGGUCCCUUCCACCCUGCUUGCCGCCGCCAACGAGCUGCGCAUCGAUACGUCGUCCGCCAGCCUUGCUGAUUCCGAUUCCGGCGCAGAGCUUCCUGCCGUCGAAGCUGCGCAGCUCUCGCCCAAGAUGGAUCGCGUGCGCCACCACCUCAUCCCUGCACGCACCACCACCUGCGUCCGCGCUCCGUGCCUCAAGCGUCAGGCGUCGGUGCCCAUCUCGAGCGUCUCGGUCGACUUGGCCGCACAACGCCUCCAGCCCGCUCCCAUCCACGACCGCGUCGCAUCCAACCCCCUGCCCACCUCGUUCGCCGCCCCUCGCAACCUGUCGCUCAGUGCGGGUGUGCGCCACGUUCACUUUGACGAAUCGCCACCAGAAGAGUUUUACGUGCUCUCCGGCGCCUCGUACGACCGUCGGCCCAUCAAGUGCACUCAGGGCGGCUCCGAGUUUGACAUGAGCCUUCCACCGCGCUCCACCUCGCACAACGGCGACGAUUCGGCCGAGGACGACGCCUCGUCCGUCGACGAGGCGGCAAGCGCCAUGGAGUCUGCCGACGAGCCUGCUCCCGACGUAGGCUUCUUCCGCGACCCUACGCUCGAGAACUGGGCAUGCAUCAAGAACGGAACGGUCAUCGCCUCGGUCGGAUACCAGCCUCGCCAGCAGCAGUCGGGCCUCAUGGCCAGCGGCAAGUCUCUCCACUUUUCCGCACUCUCGUCGUUGCAGCAUGCAUCCGCUCUCGCAUCCGACGAUUCCAAGACGUCUUCGACUGGCUUGGACAGCUCCGGCCUGUACAAGACAAACAACCACGCAUCGUCUCAAAAAGUCAGCCUACCCGUCCACGGCUUCCGCUCGUUCGGCGGUCUGCAGAACAGCCUGGCGCCCGACCUCACCUCGCCGCCCAUCCCCGCCGAGCCAUGUCGACCUCCAAGCAAGCUGCCGCUCAGCCCCGAGACCACGCCGCCGACGCCUCGCCACGCUUCACCCGACGCCACGCCCAUGCCGAGCCCGAGUCUGCGCAAGUCGAUCGGCGCGUACGCAAGCGUGGGCUACUUUGGCAUCAGCUCGGAUGCCUUGCAGCAAUCCUCGCUCUCUUCGGGCAGCGUGGACAAUGGCCUCAGUGUCGAACCGGUGCUCGGCGCGAUGGAGGUGCUGCGUGAUGUGCCCAGCCCUUCCAUCGCCGAGCCACCAGCAGAGGUUCGCUCGCCCGGCUUUCCUGGCCCAGCACGUCUGCCGGAGGGUCCAAGCAGCGCGUCGACGCUCGCAGGAACUUCAAGCAUGCCGGAGGUAUCGACGCAGCAGUUGACGCCGCGACGCGUCGCUAUGGAACGGAGACUCGCCGAUAAGGAGACGACGCGCAUUUCGACUCUGCAGCCUCCGGCGCACUCGCACGCGGGCGGAUCGGUAACGUCUCUGGGCUGGAACAGUGUGCUGGGCGCCGCUUCGUCGCCGCUGUCGUCGCGCUGCUCUUCGGUGGAUCCGUGGAGCAGUCUGAGCAGCGACGGUGAUUGCGACGGCACCGAAUCGCCGGGCAACGAGAACAGCUGGAACAGCAGCAACUGCACCAGCCCGGACCUGAGCCCGUUUGAGCAGAUGGCGGAAGGGCUGAACGGCAAACCUCCUGGAGGUAGCUCUGCAGCUCGGGCCUUGUCUGUCUCGCCGGACAGGCGCGUUGAAGCGAGCGCCGAGGCGGAGGCAUUGCAUCUGCAAGGCGAGGCGGACGGCGCAACCGGCAACAGCUGGCAGCACGAAAACACGCCCAAGGGGCUCGAGUUUGCGGACGAGGCCAAGUUUUCGUCGUCGGUCGAGACGGUGCACACGACGAGCUGGGAGUCGAGGCACGUGCAGGCGGUGGCUUCGGCGUCGGUGCUCGCGGGGCUGUCGAGCGGCGAGGUGUCGACGUCGGAGGCGACGACGCCCGAGUCGUCGCGUCGACCGAGCUUUCACCAUGGCGAGAUGGGCCUGCAGCGUUCGUCGCCGAGGUUGCGGUCGUCGUUUGGCGAGACGGGAUCUGCGCUGGACCAUCUGGACGAGGACGAGUCGCAGGUGAUGCGCGUGCGAUCGAUGAGCCGCGACGGGCAUGCCAAGAAAAAGUCGACCAAGUGCCGAUUCUGCCGGUCGUUGCGGCAGCGGCUCAAGGGGUCGAGUGCCGAGUCGUCUGCGCCGACGUCGUCGGGUGGAUCUGCACAGAUGACGGACGCGGAGAGCGAGAGUGCGGGCGCAAGUGCGAGUGCAAUGGGCUCGAUGGCGCGCGCGUCUCUGCACGUGCGUGAACUGACGACGAGCUCUGCCGAGGUGUCGGAGAUGGAGGAGGAGGAGAGGGGAUCGCGAUCGCCCAUCUCGCAUCUGCGCGCCAGUGUGCGUUCGCUGAGCAUCGAGUCGUCGGGCACGUCGCGCUCUCGGUCGCGCGAUGGGUAUGCGCUGUCGCAUCUUGGAAUCGGACGCGAGCCGCAGCACGACCGCGAGUCGUCCAACUCGCCUGCCGAAAGCUGUUCCGAGUCGGCGUACCUGUCGGCUGGCGGCCAUGUGGCGAGCAUGUGUACGUGCGACAAGAAGCGCGAAAAGGAGCGGCUCAAGAAGAAGCUGCGGCGCGAACGCGAGCUGGAGCGCGAACGCGACCGCGAGUGGGAGCGCGACCAGGCCAAGGGUCGCCAGAAGAAGCUGUUUGGCGAGAGCUUUGGCGAUGCCGACAACAGCUGCCUCUCUGCGCUCGACGGCUUCUGA